UGUAGAAGAAUGGAAUGAUUGGUCUGAGGCUGAGAGUUUGCUGAACUACUAGAGGUUGAAAGCGAGUGUUUUUUUAUUUUAUUUUUUCUCUUUUUUGUUGGGUGUUCGCUCAGAGAAAUAUUAAAAAUUGCUUCUUGAUGAUUGGGGAAGAAACAUAAGAACAUUAAUUGACGAUGAGAGAUUGCGGAAUAUUCAAAAAAUUUGUUGGAAUGAGGCGUCAGUUCCGAGGUUAAUUUUCUCAACAACACCCAGAGGUUAAAACCCAUGCAACAGGCAGGCGCACAAGUUUGUUAGAGGGAAAAACAAAUCUCGUUGAUUCUGUUUGAAAGGAGGGAAAAAACAGAAAAAAGGAGGAGAGUUUGUUAGAGGAAAAUUUUCUCGGAAAAAAAAAUAAAAAAUGGAUAGUAGUAAUCAAGGAGAGAUGCAAGAACCGAGCAUUGAGACCGAUAAGCUCAGCUACGAAAUCUUCUCCAUUCUCGAAAGCAAGUUCCUCUUCGGUUAUGACGAUGAAAAGCUCUGGUUCCCCAAGCAAAUACCUACCACGCCCAUUGAUCCCAAACCCGAAGCUCAACAACCGCCAACCGUCGCCGCUGUUGACGGUGUCUCCGCCGUUAAGAACCAGCGUGGCAAGAUAUGCAUACUCGCCAUCGACGGCGCCGGGAUGCGAGGGAUUCUCGCCGGAAAAGCCCUCGCCUACCUGGAGAACGCGCUGAAGAAAAAAUCCGGCGACCAGAACGCCAGAAUCGCAGAUUACUUCGACGUCGCAGCCGGCGCCGGCGUCGGAGGCAUAUUCACGGCGAUGCUCUUCGCCACCAAGGACCACAGCCGGCCGAUUUUCUCAGGCGAAGACACGUGGCGGUUCCUGGCCGAGCAAGGAAAGAAGUUCUACCGCCAGGGUUCCGGCACGGGCGGCGGCGGUUCAGGAUUCUUGAAAAAGUUAUUCAGCGGAGGAGGGUCCGGUUCGGUUGGGUCUGCCACAGCCGGUUUGGAGAAAGCCGUGAAGGAAGCGUUUACGGCAGAGAACGGACGGUGUUUAACACUGAAAGACACGCUUAAACCGGUUCUGAUACCGUGCUACGACUUAUCGAGUACGGCGCCGUUUUUGUUCUCACGUGCGGACGCGUUGGAAACAGACAGCUUCGAUUUCCGUCUGUGGGAGGUUUGCCGCGCGACUUCGGCCGAACCGGGUUUGUUGGAGCCGGUUCAAAUGCGGUCCGUUGACGGCCAAACGAAGUGCGUGGCGAUUGACGGUGGUUUGGCGAUGAGCAACCCGACGGGUGCGGCGAUAACGCACGUGCUUCACAACAAACAGGAGUUCCCGUUCGUGCGUGGCGUGGAGGACCUGUUGGUUCUUUCCCUUGGAACGGGUCAGCUCUUAGAGGUAAGCUAUGACUUUGAACGGGUCAGACGCUGGACGGCCAAGGAUUGGGCCCGGCCCAUGGCCCGCAUUUCCGGUGACGGCUCAGCUGACCUCGUUGACCAGGCCGUCGCCAUGGCCUUCGGACAUUGCCGUAGCACCAAUUAUGUUCGCAUUCAGGCCAAUGGGUCAAGUAUGGGGCGAUGUGGACCUAAUGUGGAUACAGAUUCAAGUCCCAGCAAUGUAAAGAUGCUGAUUGGAAUAGCAGAGGAGAUGUUGAAGCAGGAGAAUGUAGAAUCAGUGCUCUUUGGAGGAAAGAGGAUUGGGGAGCAGAGUAACUUGGAGAAACUUGACUGGUUCGCUGGAGAACUUGUUCAGGAGCAUCAGAGGAGGAGCUGCAGAAUAGCUCCCACUGUUGCUUUCAAGCAAGCUACCCCAAAAGCGACCUAGGUCAUGGCCAAUAGUUCCAAGAAUCAACCUAAAGAAAAAGGGAAAACUGAUAUAGGAGGCAAAAACAAGAAGCGGGAGUAAGGAAAAAGAAAAGAAAGCAGAUAGUAGCAGUAUAGCAGCUUUACUUUUCAAGAUAGACAAAGAAUGCUAGGGAGUUGAGUGAAAAGGACAAGUAGUGUAAAAAGAGUACAAAAUCUUUGUGGGAUGCUUUGCUCACCGCAGGACAGACAUUGUGGUGUCCCCUCUACCUUUGUAUUAGGGUAAGAAACCAAGAAAGCAAAGCAAAGUGUCUUGAGUUGAAGCUUUUUAGGGUCAAACAUGAAUCAAGUGUGAAUUUUUUUUUUUUCAAAAUUGAAUAUUCAGGGUGGAAAAUUGGGUUACAAUAUUCCAUUCUAGUUCUCUUCUUUAUUUUUUAAGGAUAUUUUGUAAAUGUCUUUUUUACAUUAAAAAAGUUUCA